GUUUUAUAAGGGGACUCUUUGGGGAAAGCUGAAGUCUGGCAAAUCUGUAAUUAAGCUGUGGUCUGGUGGUGUCUACUGUCAUUGUGACCUCACCCUUCUUAGGAAAUUGUUUUUAAAUGUGACUCAGCUAAAGUGUCAGGUUGGCUGCCAGCUCUGAGUGCAACAGCCUAUUCCAAAGGCCUUCUGACUCAACCUCUGGGGAAUAAUUUGACAGUUUGCUAUGUCACAGUUUUAAAACUUAAAAAGCUCUCUUUUCUACUAGUCUUUCUUGACACGAAAAUAUUACUUCAACAACCCAGAGGAUGGAUUUUUCAAAAAAACUAAAAGGAAGGUAGUGCCUCCUUCUCCUAUGACUGGACCCAGGGCUCUGCGGAGCAGAGUCGGAAAAGCAUCCCAGUCCCAGCUCCCACCCAGUGCCUGGAUCCUGUUGCUGACAGAUGGCCACCCGGCUUCUGCCUGAAUGAGGAGGAGCUCUUACCACUCCCCCAGCCCAGCCAUUUCUUUGUCAGACAUGAUUGCUUGGCCCACCCUACAGUUUUUGCUCUCACAGAUUUCUUCCACUCAUCCCAGUCAUGGGAAAAAAUGUAGCACUUUUAAAGUAAAACAGAAUAAUUUAUUAUUCUGUAUUGGCUGUUCUCGCAUUUUAAUACCCAUUUCUCUAGAUCCCACUAUGCUCACAGACAUGAUGAAAGGCAAUGUAACAAAUGUUCUCCCUAUGAUUCUUAUUGGUGGAUGGAUCAACAUGACAUUCUCAGGCUUUGUCACAACCAAAGUCCCAUUUCCACUGACCCUCCGUUUUAAACCUAUGCUACAGCAAGGAAUUGAACUACUCACAUUAGAUGCAUCCUGGGUGAGUUCUGCAUCUUGGUACUUCCUCAAUGUCUUUGGGCUUCGGAGCAUUUACUCUCUGAUUCUGGGCCAAGAUAAUGCCGCUGACCAGUCACGGAUGAUGCAGGAGCAGAUGACUGGAGCAGCCAUGGCCAUGCCUGCAGACACCAACAAAGCUUUCAAGACAGAGUGGGAAGCUUUGGAGCUGACGGAUCACCAGUGGGCACUAGAUGAUGUCGAAGAGGAGCUCAUGGCCAAAGACCUCCACUUCGAAGGCAUGUUCAAAAAGGAAUUACAGACCUCUAUUUUUUGAAGACCAAGCAGGGAUUUGCUGUAUCAGGAACUCAGAGUAGUGCUUGACUUUGUAACUUUGGUUUGAGCUGGAGCCUCUCGGAAUAAAAAGGAAGAUGCAUGA